UAUGGAAACCUCACAAGUUUGUUUUUCUCACUUGGCAAGUAUGCAAAGGCCGACGACUAUCUUAAGAAGGCAAUGGCAGUUAGAAAGUGUAUUGCUGAUAGAAGCGGAGAAGCAAAAGAUUACAGACACCUUGGUCUAAUCUCUCUUAAGCGUGGUGAAUAUGACAAGGCUCAGGAGUACUUUGAGAAAGCCCUUACAAUUGACAUGGAAAUCGGUGAGAGAGAAGGAGUAGUACUCAACUACAACAAUUUAGGUUUGUGUUUCCAAUCGCUUGGUAAAUAUGACAUGGCCGAAGAAUACAUUAAGCAGGCUCUCCUAUUAAGUAAGGAUAUUGGACAAAACUUCCACGAGUUUUACUGCCUUUGUCAACUAUCGGUGUUAAAGGUGUCACAAGGUCAUCUUGAAGAGGCUUCUUCGUAUCUUUUUCAAGGCAUCCAAAAGUUCGAAACUUUGAGAGGUUUUCUUAAAGAAAGCGAUCAGUUUCAAAUAUUUCUUUUAGAAAAGCACGGCACCUUUCCCUACAACUUGUUCAGUAGGUUGCUUUCUUCCACUGGAAAGACGCAAGAUGCCCUUUACGUCGAAGAGCUGAGAAGGGCAAAAGGCCUGGCCGACUUGAUGGCAACUCAGUACUCUGUUCAAGAGCAGAUCUCAAGCGAUCCACUAUCUUGGUGUGGCAUUCAAGGGAUCAUCACAAAAGAAGCAGACUGUUCAUGCCUGUACAUUUCGGUUGGUAAAAAUGAUGUACGGUUUUGGAUAAUUAAAGAAACGGGAGCAAUUCAGUUUUCAGAAAAGAAAGUGAACCUGGACCAAAACAAGGUGACCGGAAUAGUCCCUGAUUUAGAUGAGUAUUUUAAAGAAGCCUUCCGCAGUUACGCCAUUUUACCAGAACAGAAAUGCGAAGAUCGAUCUUUAGAUGACACCGAACUGAUGUCACUUCACUACGACAACCGCUCAGUCCUGCGUGACUAUGAUGCCGAAGAUUUCAAAACAAGUCUUCACUUGUGUUACAAGAUAAUCAUCGCUCCUGUGGCCAGUUUACUGAAGCAGCCCGAGAUCAUAAUUGUCCCUGAUUCCUGUGUGUACCAAGUGCCAUUUGCAGCCUUGGCUGACGAAGGAGGCAAGUAUUUAUCAGAGACAUGCAGGAUUCGGCUGAUUCCCUCUCUCACGACUCUCAAGUUUGUUCAAGACAGUCCUCCAGACUAUCACAGUCAGACCGGGGCACUGAUAGUGGGUGACCCUGUGGUUGGAAAGGUGAUUCACAAGGGAAGGCUCAGAAAUAUAACACCAUUGUCGUGUGCAAGAAAGGAAGCAGAGAUGAUUGGAAGACUUCUUGGGGUAACGCCUUUGAUAGGAGACUCCGCGAAAAAGCAUUCUGUACUCCAAUCGAUGAAGUCAGUGAGCCUGAUACACAUUGCUGCCCAUGGUGAUGCAGAAAGAGGGGAGAUUGCUCUUUCUCCUGAGCACCCUUCCCCACUCCCACCUUUUCCUCGAGAAGAAGAUUAUCUUUUGACGAUG